AUGGUGAAAUUGAAGGUGGCUAUAGCAACGGGCUUUGUAGAAUGGGUUUUUAUGAUUGCUUCCAAAGUGGGAAAUGGUUUGUCUAUAGAUACGAAGGCACACAUAUUGGUUUCAAAACACUGGAUUGAAGCAAUUGAUCCGAGGCAUCGUUAUGGGAACAACUUACAACUAUACUAUAAAGUGUGGUCUAAAAGCUUCACCGGUCAGCAUUUCUUUUUCUGGUUGGAUUUUGGAGAUGGCAAAGAGGUUGAUCUUGAAGAGUGCCCAAGAUCAAAGCUUGAUCAACAAUGUGUCAAACGCCAGGCAAAUGCAAAUCAAGAGAACCCAAAACCACUGCAUCAUGCCUCAACUCUGCCAGCAGAGAUGCUCUUCUCGAGCGAUGCGCAUCCAUGCACAGAGGCGCAACACGACGCUACAGCUACGAGACGCGGUGGCUACGCCUCUGGUGCCACGCCCCAACGCUGCGCGCAGAGGCAUGACACGACAAGUAAAAUGUCUCUACGAGCGACGUCUCAUUGUAUUACUGGAUAUGCCAUGUCGCCAGAGUUGAUGUGUUGCCCGAGAAUAGCCAUUGUUCGUCUUGGUUUUUUCUUGUCCUUCUUCCUUCUUGUCCUUGUCCCCCUUACUCUAUCCCGCCCUCUCACGUACGUGUAUGAGGUUACCGCAGCCCUGUCCGGCUUCUUGAGUCUCAAAAACUUCCAAGGUUCUAAAAAGGGAGACAACAUCAAAGGACUCUACCAAGUCAAGAAAUAUCUCAACCAGAUCGGUUGUCUCCCUCUUAAUCAUGACAAGAAUGAUGAAUUCGACGAAGAAUUAGAGUCUGCAAUCAUGACCUAUCAACUCAAAUACAACCUUGAGGUUACUGGAAUUUUAGAUUCUGGUACGGUGUCAACAAUGAUGGCUGCUCAUUGUGGGGUACGGUCAUCUUCAAUGGCCCUAAAAACACUGUUCCAAUGA